AUGCUUGUCCGCCAGCUCACCGUGGCUUUGGCCGUCGCCGCUCUGGCCAAUGCUCUCCCGACGACAGUCAAACAUGUCCUUCAUGAGAAGCGCGACCGGGCUUCCUCAGACUGGGUGAAGAGGGCCCGCGUUGACAGUCAUGCCGUCCUACCCAUGCGUAUUGGGCUCGCCCAGAGCAACUUGGAGAAGGGAUACGACUAUCUUAUGGAGGUCUCCCAUCCGGAUUCUGCCAACUACGGCCAAUACUGGACAGCGGACCAAGUUCAUGACAUGUUCAGUCCAUCAGAAGAAGCAGUCGAAGCAGUGAGGGAAUGGCUCGUCUCGGCCGGUAUUGACUCGUCUCGAGUUGUUCAUUCCGACAACAAGGGCUGGCUCGCCUUCGAUGCUUAUGCACACGAGGCGGAAAGUCUUCUCAAGACCAAGUUUCACGAGCAUCAUAGCGCUAACAGCGAGAGAAUCAGAGUUGGAUGCGAAAGUUACCAUGUCCCUGAACACAUCCAGCAUCACAUCGACUACAUCACACCAGGUGUCAAACUCACCCCAGUGGUAAAGAAGAACAAGAAUGUAAAGCGGGCAUCACAGCUUGCUCACUCCUCCAAGCUGAAGCACAUCACCGGGGAUGAGAUUAUCUCAAGCAAGGCGAAAUUGCUACCUACUGAGCUGCAAGGCUGCGGAUCAAACAUGACUCCCACCUGCAUUAAGGCCUUGUACAAGAUCCCUGAUGCGACAAAGGCGACGAAGGGCAACACUCUGGGACUUUAUGAGCAGGGCGACUACUUUGCCAAGGCCGAUCUCGAUCUUUUCUACAAAGACUACGCUCCUUGGGUGCCUCGGGGGACAUAUCCUAUUCCGGCCCUCAUCGAUGGAGCCAACUACUCGGUCCCGACUCACAGCUCCCUGAACAAAGGCGAAUCAAACAUCGACAUUGAUAUGGCCUACGCUCUUAUCUACCCACAGCAGAUCACUCUUUACCAGGUUGACGACCAGUAUUACGAGCCCGUUGAGGUUGCCACUACCAAUCUCUUUAAUACCUUCUUGGAUGCUUUGGAUGGUUCGUACUGCACCUACAGCGCAUAUGGGGAGACCGGCAAUGACCCGAAAAUCGACCCUGUCUAUCCUGACACUAACCCUGGCGGAUACAAAGGCAAGCUGCAGUGUGGUGUCUACAAGCCAACCAACGUCAUCAGCGCCAGUUACGGCCAGGCCGAGAAGGACCUCCCCGUCUCGUACACCAAGCGCCAAUGCAACGAGUUCCUGAAGCUGGGCCUGCAAGGCCACUCCAUACUCUUCGCAUCUGGCGACUACGGCGUUGCUUCCUUCGCGAAUGACGGAGGGAACAAGAACGGCUGCCUUGGCCCUGAGGCGAAAAUCUUCAACCCUCAAUACCCGUCCAACUGCCCUUACGUGACUUCCGUUGGUGGCACCAUGCUCUAUCCCAACCAGACCUACAAGGACAAGGAAAGCGUGAUGCACGUGAAUCUGGGCGGCACAGCCAGCAACUUCAGCUCAUCUGGUGGUUUCUCCAACUACUUCCCCCAGCCCGAGUACCAGAAGAAAGCGGUUGAGAAGUACUUCGAGAGGGCCAACCUGAGCUACCCGUACUACUCGGAGCUCGAGGUCGAUCUCAACACGACCAAGGGCCUGUACAACCGCAUUGGUAGGGCGUACCCCGAUGUCUCGGCCAACGGAGCCAAUUUCCGCGCCUAUAUGGGAGAGGAGCUGUACCAUUUCUACGGAGCGAGCUUGGCGUCGCCACUUUUUGCCUCCGUGCUUACGCUGAUCAAUGAGGAGCGACUGGCGAUUGGAAAGGGUCCCGUCGGCUUCGUUAACCCCGUCCUCUACGCACACCCCGAAGCCCUGAACGAUAUCACCAACGGCACCAACGCUGGCUGUGGUACCUACGGCUUUAGCGCUAUCCCCGGAUGGGACCCAACUACUGGAUUGGGUACGCCCAACUACCCCAAGCUCAAGAAGCUUUUCCUGUCUCUUCCGUAGGAGGGUCGCAGGAGGUCGGAC